AUGCGUUUCUUCCCCGUUCGCCGGAACGCCGAGUUUGCACCAGUGUUCGCUCAUCUGGAGUAUACACCGAGCAGGCGAGAUGACAUUUUGUCGCUCGCCUACAUGCUGGUGUUUUUGCUCCGCGGUGGCCUACCGUGGUAUGGUACCGAGGAGCGAUUUGAUCCGGACGAGGCACUGCUUCUGAAGUUGUGCAUUACGCCCAGCGAGCUGUGUAGAGGACUGCCGGCUGAGUUUCAGCGGUUGACCGAGUACGCGUUGCAGAUGGAAUUCUGCGACGCGCCGGACUAUACCGAGCUGAAGCGGAUGUUCCGGAAUCUGCUGCGCCAACAUUCCAUGCAGCACGAUUUGCAUUUCGAUUGGAACCGGUUUGGCUGCUAA